ACGUAACGCCGUACUCUGUAUAGCGCUUACUCUGUGCAUUCUGACCGCGAUCAGCGGCGCCAUGUUUACGUCCGCCAUUUUCUUCUCUCUCUCGUUCUACUGACAGUCAGUGCCACUACAGCCGCGCCGUCGAACGCUCGCUCCGUCGCUGAAUCUUCUUGGUACUUCUACUUCUGGAUUCUCUUACCCAGUCGUUUUAGAAUUUCAACACAUCUGAUAUGAGACAUGAGAAACAAUGCAAUUAAUAUUAGAUGCUGAGACAGAUAUAGACAUUAGAAAAAACAUGUCAUCACUGAACGAAGAACUUACUGAAAAGCUGGAUGGCGUCAUUCAAGAUCUAAAGAGCGAGCUUUGUAAUAGCAAUAAGGAAAAUGUUAAAAGCAAUGAUAAUAAAAUAUCUUGUGAUGACAAGCCUCAUUUAGAAGAUGUUAAAGUUGAUGAAGUAUUAACGCCAAGCUCACCAGUUACUGACAAGGGCACCAACAAUGAUGACGACAAUAUAGCAAAAAAUGUUAAUAAUGAAGGUAACAAAGAUCGAGGUACAAAUGUCGUUUCUGAAGAUAAUUCACAUAAUAAAAUAGACAACGGCAAUCUCUCUGUGAUGAAUCAAUCAGAGCAAGGGAAUGAACAUGGCUCUGGUAAUGGCAGUAAUGAAAAAGUAGGUAGCUCAAAUAAUGUAAAGGAGAAGCUGGGUGGGACUGGCGAUACAAAAGUGAUAGUUAAACAAAUAAAUGAUCAAAAUAGUCAUAUUGAGGAUGACACUUGUACUCUCGAACACGUGAGUCCGACUUCUACUGAACAAACUGAGGAAUCUGUCGAGAAGAAAGACAGUAAUAAUGAAUUAGGAAUUUCGGAAGAGAUGGACGUCAUAGUAGAAAACAAACAUAGUGAAGAUGAUCCAAAUGUAGUUAAUCAGGUAAACAAAGAUAUUGUUCGAACUGAAAGUGAUAUCACAUCUGAGGUGGAUGCAAUGCUUCAAAAUUCCAAUAAUGGUAGUGAACAGAUAAUUGAAAACAUAGUUGAGGUGUCAAAACUGAAAGAAGUACCAAAAAGUCCUAAUGCAUAUUCAACACAAGGUCCUGCCAGUGACUCUGAAACGCUUGAAAAGCAAGAAGUUAUAAAACAGUCCAACUGUAAAAAUAUCUUAUCAUUAACUAGAGAAAAAGUAGAAACUGUGAAUUUAGAAAGUGAUGUAGUAAGUUCGGAGAAGUGCUCUUAUAUUGUGGAUAGUGAGAAUGCCAAAAAUAAUAUAGAAAAAAUUGCAAUAGACAUGAAAACUGAUGAAACACUUGAAAAAAAGAAUAUAAGCGCUACGGAAAUAAUGGAUGUAGAUGUAAAUGACGCAACUGGAAAACCAGACAUAGAGGCUUCGUCUAUUUCUGUAUCUUCUGAAAAAGAUUGUGUUAUAAAUAUUGAUUGUGAAGACGAUCUUGAACAAAGCCCGAUGCCAGAAGAAAAUUCUGUAGGAAACACUGAAAAUAUUAAAAUUUUGGAUAAAAAACAGGCAUCUGAAGACCUUGUUAAAAUCACAAACGAUGACAAAAUCAUAUUAGAAAAUAAAGAAAUAACUAAAAAUUCUAGUCACAGUGAUGGCUUGUCUGGAAACGUUAUUCAAGAGUCAAACCUGCAAGAGAAUCCGAAAUGUUCUGAUCAACUUUUAAAACCUUCUUACUCUAAAAUACCAGAUGAGCGAGAAGUUAAACAACCGGAUAUUGAAAAUAUUAUAAACGUUUUGUCAACUGUUAAAGAUAUUGAAACAGUGAACUUGGAUGAUAAGAAAACAGAGACUGAAAGUUCCAAGACAUGUUCCAAUUUGAAUAUUCGUGGUACUGUAAGCGAUGAUUCUACUGCGAAAGUAAAAGAAUCUGUGAUUGGAAUGGAAACUGUUGAUUUAAUUGAUGAUAAAGACUCUAGCGAAACAGAAGCGAUGGAUGUUGAUGUAAAUAACGAAACUGGAGAAACCAACACUGCCGAAAAAGAUGAGAUAAUAAACCUUGAUUGUGAGGAUAACAUCGAAGAAAAUACAACUGAUCGAAAUGGUGAUAUCUUAAAGAAUAGCGAUAUGAGAAUGGAUGAAGAUAAACAUUUAGUAGAUAAUGAUAACAUAAAAGAAACAAACGUAUCUGGACCAAUAGAUAAACCGGAUGAAACAGCCAAUGAAAAGAAAAACGAUAAAGAUAUUCCUAAAACUUUUAGCCAAAAAACAAAAGACGUUAGUGAACGGAAAAAUAUACCCUCUGUUUUGAAAUUAUCAAAUACAUUAAACAUUUUAUCUGACGAUGAAGAUGAAGAAACAAUACAACCAAAACAGUCUUCUCAACCUGAAACAAAAGAUGCAGAAAAUUCUGAAGAAAAACAGUGCAUCAAUAUUGACGAUGAUGAUGAUAUUAUGCUUGUCGACGAGGUUGGUGCUCAUAAUAAAGAUACUCCAGAUAAAUCAAAGACUCUCACCGCACGUUCUGAACUCUCACCUAAACUUGAAGAUGAAAUAAAAGACAAGACAGCAGAUGAGAAACCAACGCAACAGAUUUCUCAAGAAGUUGAAAAACCUGUAGAUGAAAAGAAAACAGAAGAGGAAAAAGAGGAAAGCUCGCAACGACCGCAAGAUGACGUAAAGCCUGAAGUCAAAACCGGGUUGCCUAAGCCCCUUAUUCCUAACAAUUUCUUGAAAACGUGCAAGAAAACCAUGGCUGAAAUGACAAGGGAUGAUUUGGAAGAAUUCUGCAUACUAAAAAUUGUCGAGAGUGUGGUCGACAGAAGUAGCUUGAGUGAGAUUAAGACAAAACUUAAGAGCAUGGCUCAAUCUAUAGAAGAAUAUAAAAAGAAAGCAAUGUUGCUAACAAAACAAAAUCGCGAUCUUCAAGUUGUUUUAAAGACUAUUCAAGAGGAGCAGAAAAAUUCAAAAACUGUGACGCCGUUGAAAAUAACUAGAUCUGUGGGUAUGCAAGUUCUGAUGACGGAGAGAUCGAUCAUUAAAAGAAAGGGGCCGCCUGGGCAGGUUUCGACUGUGACCAAUACCAACGUAACCACUCCUACUAAAUCUCCACGGCUGGCAACUCAGCGCACAAUAAAAGUUCCUAUAACGCCUUCGCCGCAAUCAAUCCCUGUUCCCAGGCUCGUCCCAGCGUCAAACAGCCCAGCAACAAAAAAUGUGCAACAAAUAAACACCAAUAACAAUGCGAAAGUGACCAGCCCAGUAAACGGAGUCAGAACGAAUCAAGGGAAAACGGAAAAGAGGGGUAUCAACCGAGCCAGUUCUGUAACUGUAGACCUUACUGAAGAUGAACCACCGACCAAAAUCACAAAUAGAAACUCCACUCCUACACCGGUCCGAGUGGUGGCCCCGCAUUUGGUUCCACAAAAUCUACUGCCAGUGUCGGCUAGACAUCCGGUCCCACAAAAUAACCCUAGAAAAGUUUAUAUUCCUAUUAGUGGUACGCAAAACCAGGUCAGACCUGGACAAGCAAUAAUGCUGAAAUCUGUUAAUAGCGCGCCGUCUCAGAGUCCGCGACCAAGAGUUCCCCAGGCGCAUAUGGGGAGACACCCACAAAACCAAAUUAGGAUGACGAGAAUUUCAAAUAGGCAUCCAGCGCCAUUGCCCGAAAGCACGAAAAUAUAUCCUGGUAGUAACUUGAAAGCGUUGCCACCCGCGCCUGAUCUCAAACUGUCCAAAGUAGAAAAUGGAAUAGUAAUCUCGUGGAAAAUAGAUGGAUACCAAGAAGAUAGUUAUGAAGAAAUAGCGAGCUAUCAGCUGUACGCCUAUCAGGAAACAAACACAACGCCAAGCACAGCUUUGUGGAAAAAAAUUGGAGAUGUGAAGGCGUUGCCCUUACCUAUGGCUUGCACAUUGACGCAAUUUGUAGCUGGAUUCAAAUAUUACUUUGCUGUGAGAGCAGUGGAUAUUCGAUCUCGAAUUGGACCGUUCAGCUUGCCUGGAAGCAUACUCCUGCUGAACAAAAUAUAAGACUGAUAAUUUGUUUUUUUUUUGUGUUCUGUGGUUGCAAUGUCAUACAUUGUAAUAGUGAGUGUAACAUGUGAGUGGAGUUCCAAGUGAGAAUUAUUAUGAUUAGUUAUUUAUUUUACGUAAGUGUACAGUACAGCGGAAAAAAUUGUUUUUUUUUUUAUAUUGAGUUGAAUUUUCUGAAAUCUGUGGUCUUCAUAGUAUGAUUCGUUCUCAAGACAUACCUGAAUUCCUGAAUCACGGAAUGUUUGGCGCAUGCAAAUUUAUCAGUAAUAUUUUUAUCGUUUAUGAUAUAGUAGAUAAUGUCUUAUACCAGUAUGUUGUUGCACAUGUGAAACUAUGUAUCUCCAUUUAUUAUUUGUUGAAAAAAUUUUAUCACCUAGUGUAUGCUUGGAAAAAUUAGAAUCAAAAUUUGCAGAUUUGUGGGUUACCAUCUAGUGAAAGAAGACACAGGACUAUGUAAGUUAAUUUUGCUAUGUGUAAUAGAAACGAAUUUUUAGUGUAUAAUUUUAAUAUAAGGUACAAAUAACGUAACUACUGUAUUGAGUCUAAAACUUAAAGCUGGACUUAGCCAUAUUUAAAUGUUGAAAAACUGACUAGAAAUAUAACCUUGUUUCUCAUACUUUUGUGAUUAAAAUUAUCCAUCUAAAAAAUUCAGAAGUUUCGAAAAUUUUAUGUUAAACUAUGCUUUCUUUUUGGUAUAAAUUGUUUUUAUAAAUACAAGCAUUCCUAGAAAAAUAAAUAUUCAUAAAAUUGUUAUAAAGUAAGUUGCUCUUUAAAAGUUGAGUGAAAUUAAUUUCUGAAUUACAAAAAAAAAAUUUUACUAGAAGACUUCAAUGAGCAGAACACUUUUUUCCUUAACUGUACCUGCUUAUAGUUUUGUAACAGUCCAUUUUAUUUCACUUGACAGCAUAAUAUUCUAAGAUAAAAGUUAAAAUUACAAGAUACCUACUUGCCCGCUUGUAUUUAUUCUCAAACUACCAACCUUUUUAAAUUCUUUACAUUUUAAUAAAUAAAAUUG